CACCCUUUGUCGGUCCUGACAUUGGUCACUUCCAAAGAGUACUUCACGUCUUUUCCCCCACGAACUCGUCGAGUCGCAUAAUAACAAUCCGUCUACCUACCUUCCACUCGAAUAAACACGUGCCAGCUGACAACCUACUCGACAUUAUCUAAACCAACCGAAAUCAGAUCCUUGAGGGGCUUUACGAGCUGCGCUAUUUCUUUCAUCACACCGAGCUCUCUCCUUUGCGGUAAAUACCGCCACUUUCUCGGAAACCACCAAAUUGGCGGGCCUCAGUUGUGACCAGUUCUCAUUUUCUCGACCGCUUCUCGGCCCUGUUUGCUGGGUCUACAGCGGCGUCAACAAGAAGCCACCUUAACUUUACCGACGCGCCAGCUAUUUUGACUUUAAACAGUCUACCCGCUCAACUCUUUGUUUAUACGACUCGGUUACCCCCGGAACCUGGUUCAGGUAUUCUCCGGCACUGGCUUGAACGUCACGCCAAAAUCACUCUUGCAGUCGGCGUGCUGCCACGCCUACUGCAGAUCACUGAUGCUGCUAGGUUGAGUAUGUCUGCCUUCCCUUGAUCAGCACGUGGAAGGCUUUCCUCGACCGGUAUUCAAUAUUCGGUCGAGUCAAGCUUAUCGAAUCGAUAUAGAACAGCCCUUUCAUACCAGUAGCUUCAGGAUCUCAAGUAAACUAUAGAGGAAUUGCGAUAGUUUUACAACAUGUCCGAUCACGACGAAAUUGCCUCUGGCUCGGGUUAUAACACCCCCGUCCCAGAGCUUGAUGACCACCGUCACCAGGUUUCAUCCGCUCAGAAGCUUGAGCGCCCUCGCCGCGGCACCGUUGAUACCCUAUAUGGCUCCCGCCAGCAUCUGCAGCCGGCUGCUCCCUAUUCGCCUUCCGAUAUUCGAGUACGAGAUUUCGAAGAAGCAGUACUCGACGAAGAUGAUGAAGGCGUAUCCCCGUUAACGUCACACAGCCGCAGGCCUACUUUUAAUUCUACUAACGAGCAGCAGCGUGCUGUGUCUCCUCCGAACUCGGUCAAAGCAUUCGCAGAAGCUCGCCGCCGCGAACGUGCCCUCUCUAUCACAGAUGUUCGCGCGCAAAAGCCUGAGGAUGGUGAAGCUCUUCAGCGGACCUGUUCCUCUACCAGCCGCAACAGCCGUAUAAGCCAACGCUCCGGCCGUAGCAGGCCUGGUACUUUUCUUGCCGACGACGGAGCAAGUUUAGCAACCAACAAAACUGCGGAGGACGAUGUGUGCUUCCCCGUGCAAGAAGAGCAUCGCCGCGACCAGCUACAUAUCGAUUUCGACUACCUUGAAAAUUUCAUCGCAUCCGAAAACGCUGCACGCAAGGAAAGUUUCGACGCCCAAGAGGCUGUUCGGGUAUUCCCAAAUCUAAGACAAAACUCGGUAACUCCUCCUCCGCCCAUGAUUACUGUCGACGGGGACUUCAUCAAUAUUCCAUCCUGUUCGUCGGAUGUCGACCACGAGAAAAUGCCACAGGCGCCCGAGAUACAAGAAGCAGUGCCGAAGCCGAUCGAUAAAGAGCACCUGGACCCUAACCGCUUCAGCUUUUUCUCUUCUGCAUGGGAAUCUACUAUCCAUGCCGCCGAAUUCGGAGACCUGGUCCUCCCAGGCGAGGAUUUGCGUGGUCUCUUUACUCUGCCUCGGGACGAGCCGGAUGGCGUAUGGUGGUUAAACGUCAACAGGCCAUCCGAAGAGGAGGUCCGGGCUCUAUGCAAGGCCUUCGGGGUACAUCCCCUAACGAUUGAGGAUAUCACGACUCAAGAGCCCCGCGAGAAGAUCGAAAUUUUCCCAUCGUAUUAUUUUGCCUCGUUCCGGUCUUUUAACGUCGUCCAAGACGAUGACGGUCCCGACUACGAGCCGUAUAAUAUUUAUGUCGUGGUCUUCCGUGAAGGUACGCUUAGCUUCAGCUUUUUGCCAAAUACCCACGCCUCUCUAGUCCGAAAGAGAAUCUCAAGCCUGAAGGAUUACGUUUCCUUGAGCAGUGAUUGGAUCUGCUACGCCCUGAUUGAUAACAUCGUUGAUUCAUUCGCCCCUGCGAUCGAUAGGGUGGAGUCGCUCACCAUGUCAAUCGAAGACUCGAUCUUUGUCGCCCGGCCAACUGACAACAAUUUGUUCCUACGCAAGCUCGGCAACGUUCGCAAGAAUACCCUAGCUCUCAUGCGAGGACUCGGUGGCAAGGCCGACAUCUUGAAGGGCUUCACCAAACGCUGUAAUGAAGACUAUAAAGUCACACCACGAAUGGAUAUAGGCAUGUACCUUGGCGACAUCCAAGAUCACGUCGUCACGAUGAUGACCAACCUCACCCAUUUCGAGAAGAUCCUAUCCCGCGCUCACAGCAAUUACAUCGCCCAGUUAACCAUGGAUAGCAUUACGCAAGGAACGGAGACUAAUGCAGGACUAAGCAAAAUCACGUUCUUGGCUACUAUCAUCGUGCCGCUCAACGUCGUUACAGGUCUAUUCGGCAUGAACGUCCACGUUCCUUUCCAAGAUGACGAGAACAUCACUGCCUUCCUCGUCAUCUUAGGAUGUCUUAUAUUCUUCUGUACAACGUGUCUAAUCAUCGCGCGCAGGAUACGGCUUAUCUAGAGGAUUUAGCUAAGUGUGCGAUACUAAGGCAUAUAACUGGCGGUAGAAGAUAGACCUAGGUUUCCACCCAUACUUCAACGUCAUUAUAGGCCGAUAAUCACUGCAGCUCUGGACACGAGAAUGCCCAGUCAGCAACACCAUCUAAAAAGAGAAGUAUAUAUUAGAGGGUUCGACAUGUUGGCCAACGGCCAACCAGCACCAUCCAACAGCAGAGUUAAGAUUUUUAUUACCGCGAGGGUUACAUACAUACAUCGAAAUAGAGAUCCAUACGAUAGAAACAAUACUGGCAGCAGCAGAGGCGGACUUCGGUUGUGGUCAUCUAGUGUCGACAAAUCGAGAGCAAAUCGAGAGGGACGAGGUGAUUUUUGGUGUCGCA